AUGAGCGCGCGACAGGCUCUCUGGCAAAAGCGAGCGGGAACGAGCAACAAGAAAUGCAAAGCAGAAGGGAGUCGAGCAAGGGAGGAGGCUCUACUGGGAGCCGCUAGGAUGCUUUGGGCGACAGGCCUGGCACUUAUCGCAGUGGCCGCCAGGCGCAUGGCUUAUUUAUUAUGGGCGGGGCCGUGCAGUGUAUCGUCAUUGUUUUUGCUUGAUCAAAAAAAGGGCACAUGCGCUGCCGUGGCGCCGUGUUUUGCGACGGCGGCGGUAACAGCAGCGAGGAUGCGCAGACGGGGAGUGCUUGGUCAAGAGCGAGUCUGCGACGGGGGAGUGGGAGUGGGAGUGGGAGUGGGAGGCAGGGAGACGAUGCAUGCAUAUGGGGAGAGAGGCACAGAGGGAGGGCAGGGCAUGCAUAGUGGAAGGAUUGGGGAUGAGGGAGGAGCAGCAGCGGUAGCGGUAGCGGUAGCAGCAAUGGCAGCAGCAACGCAGCAAUGCAGCAUCAACAGGGCCAACAAGCAAGGCCAACAAACCAACAAUAGCCAGGCUGCAGUGGAUCGGCGCCGAACUGUGGACUUGCCAGCAUGCUUGCGCGGCACCCCGACCACGACUAACCAUGAGCAUGGAGAUCCGCUUCUCCCUGUGGGCCACCCACACACCACACCACAGGGAGAUCUGAGGCGCCAUUACCGGACCUGCACGUCGGGCGUCGUACCCAACGACUACUCACAGCCAGGACGGGCGAAGAUGUACAUACAUCCAUCGAUAAUGGAGCAGCCUGACACGAGCAGUCUAUGUAGUAGUAGUACUGGGUACAUUCACGUCCCCCGGCGUCAGCACCUAGCCGCAGCCAAGCAGGCCGGCGUGCAAGAGCUCCGUGCGUCUGACGUCGACGUUCGCGCUGCGUGGGCCAAGACGUCCCGUCCCAACGCCCAUUCUGCCUCCGGCCAACUGGCGCCGUGCAACCGCUGUCAAGGCCCGUCGUCUCCCAACGGUUGCCAGUCGUCAUACAUAGCACAGGCAUACUAUGUACGCACUCACAAGACGACGACGCACGGCUCCGAUGGCUUCCCGCACCCGAGCCGCGGCUGCAUCUGCAAAAUCAUACCAGAACCACAAUCGCGGCGGUCGGGGCCCCUGGUGCCAGCACACACGCGCGCGCGCGCUCGACAAUACUUUCCUGCUGCCACUUACUCGACCUUUGGCACUCCCGCCGCUGAUAAGCUGCAGCGAUCGGCCUGCCGUGCCCACCGCAUGUGCCCUUUUGCCAUAGCACAUGUCGCAAAGCCUGUCGCAAACCUCGCCUCAACCAUCCACUCACUGCUUGCCUACCUAACCUAUACUCUGCUGCAUGUGCCUCCAACCCUAUGCUUCCUCGCUCGCCUGUACCGCUCUCAUCUAGUAUACUCCGAGUCCGGUCACCCCACGGCCCAAUCCAGCACGACUAGUAUGAGUACGCUGCCUUCCAAGCUACAAGGCUGCAAGGCUGCGACAACACCAACAACAACAACAACAACAUCGCGUGCUCUGAUCCCUGAACAACGGCUAUCUGCGCGUCGACUAGUUAUUACAACCUGCGGGGGGCACCAGCGCUCGUAUUCGUAUCCAUCCCGUAGCCGAGACGUGCCAGAAAGUGCAGAGUGA